ACGGAAUCUCCAACUAGAAUUUCACAUGUAAACAAGCUACAAAGUCCCUAGUUAAUAGUUACAUACCCGCUACCAAGCACUUAGGUGGUGGAGAAAACGAAGGAGACUUGACCCACAGAGCUAGCGCCAAUGACUGUACAUAGGUAUUUACUUGGAUUUCCCUACGCUUUGGCAUACGCAUUCUUCUAACGUCAAGGCGUUUCGAUACCUACCUUGGUUUGGGUAACCUCCCCCUCAUGCAACAACACCCUUUAGAAACUAACCAACGUACAUCGUAAAGGAGGGGGGAUGAAACUUCAUCGUAAAAAAACACGCAUGUAGGGAACUUGUAGUACAGGUAUAGAUGUGAAGAUCCUGCCAUCACAGCCCGAUGAGAGUGGUGAUCGAAUCCUGCCUAGGCACCGAAUGACUCACCCUCGUACAGCCCAGUCUCAGCUACGCAAUAAUAUGUCUUAAAAAGAUCGCUCACGAGAGAAAAUCACUCUCACCAUCCAUCAUCGACAUCCUACCGAUUAGGUAUAUCGCGCAAAAUUGGGAUACGGCAUGACAUCAAAGAAACCUCUGCUAUUGGAUGGGCGAACGGGGGAAGGCGGCGGCCAGAUUGUAAGGAUAGCCUGUGGCCUCUCGGCGGUAAUAUCACGACCUAUCCGCAUUAACCAUGUGAGAGGAAAUCGUCCAGGGCAACGGGGAGGUGGCUUGAAGGCACAGCACGUAGCGGCCAUCCUAUGGCUAGCGGAAGCUACGGGAGCUGAAGUCGAUGGGUUGGAGGUCGGCAGCCAAUCUCUAGAGUUUAGGCCAUUGCAGCCUCCCACCACACUUCAGGGGCGCAAAUUCGAGAUCGUCGCCGAAAGCAGUGCCUCAAGUACUCUGCUUAUCUUUCAGGCAAUCUUCCCUUUCCUCUUAUUUGCAGGGAAUGACACCGGAGAGCCUAUCGAGCUCGAGAUUCACGGUGGGACAAAUGUGGCUUUCUCAUUGUCAUAUGAGUAUUUCGAUCAAGUCUUGUUGCCUACCUUGAAGGAUCGUUUCGGCAUCGCUGUUGAGAGACAGUUAAAGAGGCGAUCCUGGGCAACAGGCCCUCUCAAAAUGGGGUGCAUUUGGCUAAGACUCCAGCCUCUUCCCCCAGGAGGAGCCUUGAAAGUUCAAGAGCCAUGGGACAGACCAAUCACCACGGAAGACUUCAAGCUCAAGCAGGUUGACGUGAGCAUGCUUGUGCCAUAUGCUCUCCAAGUACCACUCGAGAAGGCCCUUGCGAGUGAUCUUAGCGAACUAUUCCCUAAUGUGGAUAUUAAUUUCCUAUUGUUGGAAGACAGCGGGCAUGAUGCUCGUAUGUACACUUUGCUAGUAGCUCACUCCUAUACUGGUCUCCGUUGGGGCCGUGAUUAUCUGUAUGAUAAAUCCCGGAAGAACAAGACGCCAGAAGCUCUGAGCAUAGAAAUAUCGCGGAAAGUCUGCCAUGACCUUUUUGAUGAGAUUACGAUCCGCGGAGCCGUUGACGAGUACCUACAAGAUCAGUUAGUCGUAUUCCAGGCAUUGGCAGACGGUCGGACAAGCUUUCCUCGAGGUACUAAGCCAGCAGAUGCAGAAGGCAGUAGUCCUGACGAUAUAAGCCAUCUCGAGACAUCUCUCAAGGACUUAAAGUUGGACAAGAAGAUGAGGAAGGAUAAGACGCAUGAACCUUUUGGAGAUGGGUCCAUGCACACUACCACAGCCAGAUGGGUAGUGAGUGAGUUGCUUCCCACGGUUCAAUGGUUUAAUAAGGGUACUAUUGUGGAUGGUGCCAGUAUAUCUUUUCCUUAACUGAGCGGCAUAAUAUCUCCUAUCAUAGGUAGCCAGCCUCGCCCGAUUUGUUUAGAGUCAUGUGACAUUACCAACCUGUAUAAUAUAUAUUAUUACAAGGAUUGCUGCUUGAAAUUGUUCUUGUACUACUAUCAAUUAGUGUUAGAAUAUUAUACGUUUCCUGA